AAUGCUAAAUUAAAGUAAUCAUUUGUAGUUUUAUUAUAGAGAAUUAAUUGAAGACUAUGUACCUCAUUCUUUCUUUGCAAUAAGUUUAAAUGAACAUAACAAUUCAUUUUAAUUAGAAUUCAUAAAUCAAGAGGCCAAGUAUUAAUUAAAUAUUGAAGAUACAAAAUCUAUGAUUGAAGUUUUAAGGAAUACAUAUGUUGUACAUAAGAAUUAAAUCCCUACAUUUGUAGAUUUAUCUUCUAUUCCAAUGCAUAAAUCAGGAGAUAUGUCAAUAAAGAAAGUAUAGAUGAAAAGAUAAACGUUGGAAGAGUAUUCUUUUUAUAAGAUUAAACAAAAUUUAUCUAUAAAAUAAGAUGAUCCUAAGAUUAUUGAGAAUUUAGAUGGUGUUUAUUUUGAUGAUUAAAAAUAGAACAAUAAAAUUCUAAGUAUAGAUAUAAGAUAAUUGACUUAUGGAAAAAAUUAUUUAUUAUUUAUUUUAAAAGAAGAGAAACCAUAAUAAAUGAUGUCAAAAAAUGAAGAAUAAAUCAAAUUUCUAAAUAAGAUUAUCAUUUCUGUAUCAAAUCAAAUAUUGACAUCAUUAUCUAAUCUUUCAAAUGCUAUCUUAAGUCUUAAUUUAGUAGGUAAUGAAAAAGUAUAAUCUAUUAAAUGCUUAAAUUUAUAAAUUAUGAAUUAAUUUUAAAAUUAUUACUAUUUUGUAAAUGCUUGUAAAAUAAACAAUGAAUCAGUAAGUUAUAAAAUUGUUAAUUUAAAGAAUUUUAUAAGCAAUUUAGAACCUUAUUUUUCAUCAAUGUCAAAUGCAUUAAAAAAAAGAUUUGUUAUUUAAUUGAGUUUAGAGGAUUUUAAUGUUAAAAUCAAUUCUAAAUUUCUUUCUUAAAUAGUUAUGAAUAUAUUUGAAUAAUGUUUAGCUUAAGCAGAUAUCAAUACAAAUAUAACAUUAACUGUUACAACAGAAUUGAAUUUAAAUCCAUUGAAAUAAGAAAAUAUUCCAUUAGAAAAAAGUUGUAUUUAAGAAUUUGAUUUUAUUAAAAAGGCGGUUAUGGAAUCAGAAGAGAGUCCCACAAAAACAGAUUUUUAGAAGUUAAUCAAAUUUGAGUUUUCUUUUUUUACUGAAAGAUAUAUAGAUCUUCAACCGCAAACUUAAAUAAUAUUAAAUCCUUAGACUUUUGAAGAUUUUUAAUUUAAUAACAAUUAAGAAUUUCUAUUAACUCAUCCAAUAACUAAUUUUUUACUUAAAAAAAUAGGUCCUUAUAAUUCAGUCUAGUAAUCUUAAAAUACAUAUUAUGAAAACAAUUCAGCAUAAAAAGAAUUCAUGAAUGUAUUUCCUUCUAUGAUGGAUUUAAUUUAAACACAUAAUGUAUAUUAAAAUAAAUUAUCCUUCUAUAUCUACACUGACUAAACAUAAUUAACUUAAUCAUUUAUAAAAUAUGUGCAUUAGAAAUCAUUUUUGGAUUCUUGA